AUGUCUUCACCGCAAGACAACAGAGACGGUGGCGCACAAGGCGACGAGCUAAACGAUAGCAUGAACAAUCUCCAUGUUGGCGACGAGGAUCGCCUAGGACCUGAUGGCCAACCUCUACCCAAGACCGAUGAGGAGUAUGCUGAGUCUCAACUGACUCUUCGUGCUAUUGUAUCUUCCAAGGAGGCCGGUGUCAUCAUUGGCAAAGGAGGCAAGAAUGUAGCCGACCUUCGCGAUGAGACUGGGGUCAAGGCAGGUGUCAGCAAGGUCGUUCAGGGUGUUCAUGACCGCGUUUUGACGAUCGCUGGUGGUUGUGAGGCCAUCUCAAAGGCUUAUGCCAUCGUAGCCAAGGCCCUUCUUGAGGGCGCUCCUCAGAUGGGCAUGGGAGGAGUGGUAUCGAAUAAUGGCACCCAUCCCAUCAAGCUCUUGAUCUCUCAUAACCAAAUGGGCACCAUCAUUGGCCGACAAGGUGGUAAAAUCAAGAUGAUCCAGGAUGUCUCCGGAGUUCGCAUGGUUGCACAAAAGGAAAUGCUGCCACAAUCAACCGAACGAAUUGUUGAGGUUCAAGGUGGACCAGAUGGUAUUCAGAAGGCCGUCUGGGAGAUCUGCAAAUGCUUGAUCGAUGACUGGCAACGAGGCACCGGAACCGUCCUCUACAACCCAGUUGUACGAACCCAACCAGGUGGUGGUCCCGGAAUGAAUCAAGGUCUUGGUGGUGGAAACGAGCGCGGCAGUUAUAACAACAACCGUGUCACCCGCACUGGCAACGGAGCCGACUUCAGCGAAAAUGCCCCAAGAUCUUAUAACAACCGUCGAUCAGACUCUGAUGCCGGUCAGCGUGGACCUCCAACCCACGACGAGAACGGCGAGGAGUUGCAAACCCAAAACAUCAGCAUCCCUUCCGAUAUGGUUGGAUGUAUCAUUGGUCGAGCUGGAAGCAAGAUCAGUGAAAUCCGAAAGACUUCUGGUGCACGCAUCAGUAUUGCUAAGGCUCCUCACGAUGAUACUGGUGAGCGUAUGUUCACUAUCAUGGGCAGCGCCAAGGCCAACGAGAGCGCCUUGUACCUUUUGUACGAGAAUCUCGAGGCUGAGAAGAUGCGCCGCAGCCAAGGCAAUCCCCAGGAAUAA